AGUAAGUGCACGUCGGUACGGCGGCGAAAAAAAAUAUAAGCUAUAUACCAUCUCGUCAUAUCAUAUAUAAUAUUGUUCCUAAAAAAAAAAAGCUCUCAUCGUACGGCUCUGUGACUGUGAAUAAAAUAAUUUUAACAAAUUAACUGAUAAUUAAAUCAUAGUCAUAAUUAAACCUCCGCUGAAAAUAAUUAAAAAUAAAAAAAUGGACUGAUGGUUUUUUUCCAAUAUCUUAUACUUAUCAAAUAAAUAUCACAACUAUGUCUGUAAGACGACGAACGGAUCCUGGACCAACCCAGAGAAUAUGGGACGCAAUAAAAAUAACUGUUCACCAAAGAAGUUUACCGAGCAACGAUCGGAUAGUUCGUCACUUUGCUCGUGUUUAUAACAUGACUGAGCUGUCAGCCCAAGAGGAAUUGAAUAAAGCCGUUGAAGAUGGCUUAGUCUUCCUCAAAAAAACCCAAUCCAAGGGUGGACUCGACCAAGAAAGCUACCGAUUGCCACUGGACCCUAUGGAGACCGAUGGCCAUGACUGGUACUGCUUCAAAUGUCAAAGAGCUGGGCUCGUAGAGACCUGUCAGUCGUGCUUCCGUGUUUAUCACCCAAGAUGCCACACUCCGAGUAAUUCUGAUAAAAAAAUUUGCCAGUUUUGUGAGCAAAUAAAUAUCGAUACUUAUCAUGAUAUAAAGGCACUUAAUCAUAUACUGGGAUUCACGUGCGGUCAUCUUAAAGCUAAAUUACCUCCGGAGAUAACAAAUAGGACCAUUGUGCCAGACAGUUCGGUUAUUGAAAAACCAACUGGUGGUUUGUCCGGGCCAACGUGGGUCAGCGAAGGCGAAGAUUCGUGGCGCCCGGGGAUUUUAAUUAAAAAUCACAUGGAUCUUGCUAUCAUGGAAGCGAAGACCAAGAGAAACGAGUACAAAAAUCUCGCUGAGUUUCAGGCAGAUGCACAUAAUAUAUUACAUAAUAUUAUUGUUUAUCAUGGAGAGACUUCUGUGGUAGGGGAAAUGGGCAGAAUAAUGUACCAAGAUUGUUGCUACGACUUGAAAGAAAUUCGCCGGUGUGCAGACUGCUACAGAAUAUCAAAUGAAAAAUCUGAAAAAAUGUGGUUCUGUAUACCGUGCAAUCCACCUCAUCAGCUGGUUUAUGCUAAACAAAAGGGGUACCCGUACUGGCCGGCAAAAGUAAUGGAGAUUAAAGACAAUAUUUAUGACGUGAGAUUUUUCGGUGGACAUCACAUGAGAGCUAAUAUUGAAAAAGUUUUUAUACGCUCUAUUACUUCUAGUUUACAAAGUUUACAGCCGUCGGAAAAGGGAAAGUGGAAAGAGAUGAAGAUAAAAAGAUCAACUGCGUGGAACCGGGCGUUCGAGGAGUUGAAGCACCACCAGAAUUUACUUGGAAAGCUCGGCAAGAGUCAAUCGGUAACUCACAAUAACAACACCAGCAACAGUGCGGCAGCUGCUGACGACAUCGAGGGUCCAAAGCCAUCGAAGAUGCGACGGAACCAGGAGUCAUCGGAAUCAUCACAAGGAUCACAGGUAGCACCGCCGAACGGCGCGUCUCCCGUCAAACUUAUAAAAGACUUGAGAGUGAGAGUAGAGAGGUUGAUGUCGGAUGGAAAUUCCGAGAUACAGCUUAAUCAGGAAAAGUCGGAGAGUGCCAACGGGGAAGGCGACGGAGGACCGGAGGAGAAACCAGACGUCAACGACGGCAGCAGAAGCACCAGCGAGGAACGACAAGUCCCAUUUCUUCCGGUCGCUAUUGAUGACGAGCCGCCGCUGAGGAUCUCCAGCAGCACGUGUCCACAGGGGUUAAAAAAAGAGGGCUCCCAGGAGGACAUGGUCACGUCGAGUUCACAAGAGCCCAGAUCCAAAUGUGUACUUGUUCAAACAGAGGAAGUACAGCCUGAAACAGCUCCGGCAAAGUAUGUCAUAUGCUUCCAGAUGAAAAGAGAGCGCAGGACAUCAGAACAGCCUACGACAGCUCCAGCUUUAGAAAAAUUGCGGCGGGAAUUCGAGCUGGACAAGUGUCGGGAGUUGGAACGACUCCAGGCGGAGCAUGCCAAAGAAUUACGACAGCUAACAGAGAAACAUCAACAGGUCAUCUCUGAAAUAAAGAAAAAGCAAUGGUGUUACAAUUGCGAAGCUGAAGCAAUAUACCAUUGCUGUUGGAACACAGCUUAUUGCAGUACUGAUUGCCAGCAAGUUCAUUGGCAACGAGAGCACAAACGUGUCUGUCGGCGUAAACGUUAGCUUUACAAUUGUCAAACAAAUACUAUUAUCACAAAAAAACUGGGCCGUCAGUUUUUUUAGUCAUAAUCUACCCAAUAAUUUAGAUAAAUUAUUAUUUAAAAAAAAAAAUUGAAACAAAGAUCAAUUGAUCCUAGACAACUCGGCUAGUCUGACAGCGUCAAAGACGCGGUUAUUCAAUUUCAAACAUUAUUUAAUUUCCGUUUUUUUUUUUUUUCAUAGAAUUUUGAUUAAUAUUAAAUUAUUAAAUCAUACAUAUAGUAUAUGUAUUUAAUAACUACAUAUUAUAUAAAAUAUGCUUAAUAGAAUAAGCAAAAUGAUUAAUUAUCAUUAUUAUUAUUAUUAUUAUUAUUAUUAUUAUUAUUAUUAUUAUUAUUAUAAAUUACAAGUAUAUUUAAUGUUAAUCUAGUUUUAACAUUUUUAAAAAUUACUAGUUAAAUAUUUAAAUCUAUGAAAAAAAUUUCCACUAAAAACUUUUUUUUCUUUAUUUAAAUUAUCAAAAUAUUUAAACAAAUACAUUUAGAUCACUAUAAAUAUAUAUACACACAAAACAAAGAAGAAAAUUUUAAAUUAUUUAAUUUUUUGUUGAUAACAACAACUAAUAUUUAUAUUGGCUUAAAUUAAUUAAAGUAAUUAUUGUAGAUAACGUAGCGUUUUUUUCUGCUACAGAUAAUAGAAGCAUUUGCUUGAAUCAAAAGUUAGCAAAAAAAAAAUAUUUAUCAUUAACGCAUUAGCAAUAUAUUUAUUAUAUAAAAAUAAAAAUAAUGAAUUAUUAUCUCUUAUUAUAUAUCGUUAUUGAAAAGAAAAAGGUGUUGAUUGAUUAUCCAAAAAUAGAAGAGCUGUUAAGGACUAAGAGAAAUAUAUAUGAGUAAUUUAGUUCAGCCUUGUAGUUUAAAAAUUAUUAUUAUUUUUAUAUUAUUUAACACUUACAACAAGUGCAAUUAUUUUUUUUUCUUUCCAUUGUUGACAAGUAAUUUCUGUUUUACUUUUUUUAUUGCAAUCGGUAUACAGGGUAGAAGUUCAAGUUGAUUUAAUAAUUAUGUUUUUUCAAAUUUAUUUUUAUUCAUAAUUUAAAAUCAACGUAAUGAAAAUGAAUUUAAUUAUAAUCAUACGUUUACUUUACAAUUAUAUUAAUUUAAAAUUAUAGUGCAAUUACAGUGCUAAAAUAUAUCACACAUUUAUUUUAUUAUUGAUAAAACAAUCAAUUGUUUGUAAUUUAUAAUUUAAAAAUAUAUAAUUAAAUGUUAUUUUAUUAUUUUUAGAAAUUUAAAAAUAAAUAUCAUUUAUUACACAUGUAAUUAAAGCGCGUGUACUUGAACGGUAUUGUAGUAAAUACACUAAUCAUUUUAAUAGUUAUUAUUUUGAUUUUCUCGUUUUUUGUUCAUCUUAUCAAAUUACCGUUAUAAUUAUGAGUAUAAAUCUUAUAAAAAAAAAAAAGAAAUUAUUGAUUAAUUAAUUAAUAAAUAAAUAAAUAACAAUUUUGUUUGUUAUAAAUUAUCAUGUAAAAUUAAUUUAAUAACAAUAAACAAAUGAAUGAUA